GGCCACUCGCCCCUCGCCCCUUGCGAGCAGCGACCGUAUCCCCGUCCUCCCCAGCAGAGGUGGCGGCCGCCGCACUCGGAAGCCGUUGGGUGCUCGGGAUGGCCAUGGCGAUGCGGUCCGCCGCGAGGCACGCCCUGCUGUCGCCACCACUGGCUCCCGGCAUCCCCAGUUCCUUCCUCCGCGGCCGUUUCUCGCCGCGCGCCCCCGGCGCGCGGCCGUGCCGCGUGGCAAGCUCCGCAUCCGCGCCGGCCGCUGGAGAGCACCUCCCUCCAUUGUUCAGCGUCGCGCCGAUGAUGGACUGGACGGACAACCACUACCGGACGCUCGCACGGCUCAUCUCCAGGCACGCGUGGCUGUACACGGAGAUGGUCGUUGCCGAGACCAUCGUGCACCAGAAAGAUAACUUGGAUAGAUUUUUAGCAUUUCCUGAGGAACAGCAUCCCAUUGUGCUGCAAAUCGGUGGAAGUAAUCUGGAAAAUCUGGCGAAGGCGACUGAACUGGCAAAUGCUUAUUCAUAUGAUGAGAUCAACCUAAACUGUGGCUGUCCCAGUGGCAAAGUUGCUGGUCAUGGGUGCUUUGGUGCUCGUUUAAUGUUUGAUCCAGAGUUCGUAGGGGAUGCUAUGGCAGCUAUUGCAGCCAACUGUGAUGUCCCUGUCAGCGUUAAAUGCAGAAUUGGUGUUGAUGAUCGUGACUCUUAUGAAGAACUCUGUGAGUUUGUAGAUAGGGUUGUCUCAAAAUCACCAACUAGGCAUUUCAUCAUUCAUGCACGGAAGGCAUUGCUUAGUGGCCUCAGUCCUGCAGAGAAUCGGAAGGUUCCUCCAUUGAAAUAUGAGUACUGUUUUGCUUUGUUGCGAGACUUCCCAGAAGUACGGUUUACUCUAAAUGGAGGUAUAACUACUAUUGAUCAAGUUAGUGCAUCGAUAAGACAAGGUGUGGAUGGAGUUAUGGUUGGCCGGGCCGCAUAUAAUAAUCCAUGGAACAUGCUGGGGCAUGUGGAUGGGGAAAUCUAUUGCAUGCCAACAAGAUGUAUUUCUCGUCGCCAGAUCCUUGAGAGCUACCAAGUUUAUGGUGAUUCUAUAAUUGGACAGUAUGGCCCCAGCAGACCAAACGUGAGACAACUUGUCAAGCCAUUGUUAAACUUAUUCCACUCAGAACCUGGCAACAGCAUGUGGAAACGCAAAGCUGACUCUGCAUUGCGUCAUUGCAAGACAGUUAAAUCGUUCUUGGAGGAGACUCUUGAUGCAAUACCGGACUCAGUUCUUGACAAGCCUAUAACCAGGGAGCCAUCCAGUGAGGAAGGAUAUUUUGCUGAUGUGGAUUCUCGGUUGCCGCCAAGAUAUACAACACUGACCAGCUGUAACUAUGGAAGUCCAGAAUUUGUAACUGCAUCCACUUGAGCAACCAAAGCUUUCAGGGGAAAAGUUUAAAAGGUAGAAGCCUGCAAAAUUAGUGUUAAUACAGAUCCCUCGAAGGAUAUAUACAUGGGAACACCAUUACUUGUAUAAAUGUAACCACUUGAAUUACAUGAGUUUAGCGGCAAAAUCCCUUCAUUGGUGAUACAAGGCGUCAAGGCCAUCGUCAAUAUCUCAGCUGACACGGCAAACUGGCUAGUGUAGUCUAUGUGCCAUUUGUUUCAACCGAUUCCGAGUUUAUCCAAAACACCAAUAAUUCUGUUGAAUUUUUUGUAAUAAUUUAUUUCUAAAUGGUUUCCACUUCAAGAAAAUUCCUUAAAUGUCGCUAA